AAGUUCUUCCCCCAUGCCCAGCAGCACCACACGUUGGAAACUCGAAACCUAAUGCCACACUUUCCACCUCUCUGGAAAUCUGAAAACCAAACGCACAUAUACGGAAGGGACACGACACUUUUCGCUGCUUCCCCCGUAAGCAAGCGUUAUUAAUUGCUAGGAUUAUGCCCGGUGCAACGAACGGCAAUGUGUUCCACCAUGGUGGUGGUGCGGUGCGUCUGCCUGCAUUCCACCCAGCGAAAUCCCAAAAAUCAUGUCCUCGUUUCUGUAGGCCCAGGCGGACGACGACGACCAUCCCGAAAAAAGCUCUUUGUUUCGGGCAUGGCGAUACACACAAACGGUCGCAUAUUGCACAAGGAUUCUAACCGAUUUUCCGACCGAGCAGAUGAAGCAGAUGAUGAUUUGUGCUGCGCACCGGAGAGGGACCGGCUGCAAGCAUUUCAUUGUACCGUUUGAACAAAAGGCCCGGUGCUGAAGGUUGCAUUUAAAGGGAGUUUUUCGGGGUCCGUAGUCGGAGGCAGAGAGAAUUGGUCCAGGUAAAAAUCUGAUUUUGUGACACCUUUUUUGCGAACAGAUGAAACUUUUGGCGGUUACGAUUUAAAUGAUUUUCGACCAAAUGGGACCGAACCCCAUGUUUGGGGUUCGUCGCUGUGGGGCCGUUGGAGUCGCUCGCUUUCAGUGGGGGCGCCGAGCGAACACGCGAACGUUCCGAAUCGAACUGCGAGAGAAGUUCUCUCGCGCACCGAGUCAAACGACUUCGCCCUAGCCUCACAUGUUCCGUCCAGCCGAGCGUAUCGAACCGAACGCGAAAGGACGGGAGAAAACUUGUCCGCGGCAGACAGCCGUGCACGCGUGUGAGUCCAAGUUCCAUAUUGUACCCGCGACUCGCGAGAAGCCGCGCCACCGCGAAGCAGCGAAGAAAACAAGCAGCGCUAAAAAUAAAUGAAAUCGAACACCGGUUCCCGCCGCACUCGCUGCAAGCCGUGCCCGACGAAGAGCCAAUGCACAUAGUGCACACCGGGCCCUCCUCGUAGAGGCGGCGGUGGCGAGGGAAAAACCUGAAUGAACAGACAGAAAGAAGGUGAAAAACACCCGACCAACUGACGACCGACGAAGCAGUUGUCCCGAAGUCGCCUUCCCCUGCCCGAAUCAGGUUUCACACCUGCGGUAUUUCCCCUUCCACCAAACACCCGAAGUAAACCCGAAGACACCAGCGUAGCUCCACCUUCUUUGCACGAUCUUUACCGUCUUCCACUUUACACACUGGCGGCGGCGAUCACCUUACAGCCGGUCGAUCUUAUUGGUGCACGGAGGCACGUGCUCAACACAACCAUACGGAGCUAUCGCAAGACAGCGGCAAGCGAAAAGCGACGGGUAGCGGAGAGAGAAAGAGUAGCAGCUGCAACACCUGGCUGUUGCUGGUGCUUUGCCGUUUGUUGUUUUGUUUUGUCUUCGCCAUUGCUGCCGCUGUGGGACCGAUGCGAACUGAUCGGAUCGUACCGUAGGGGAAAACCCGAACGCCUGCUGCAGCCGACCGACCUGUUCGCUCCGGCGAAGGGGAAAACACUCGGGUGCUGGUGUUCAGCGCGGCGAUAAAUAGGGGCCCGAGCAGGAUCCGAACACCAUUCAAGGCUCACUUGCCGCGUCGUUCAGUCACACGUUCGAAUUUUUAUUGCACUCAAUUUAGAAUUUGUUCAAGUGAUUUGAGUUUUCGGGUUUUGUGUUUUCGCUUUGCGCUUUCGUUGCUUCGUUCAGUUCGGGUCCGUUUUUGUUUAUCGACGGCCGUGGUCUGGCGGCGAACAGGAUUUCAGUCGUCCGUUUGAGCUCGUUGCGCAUACAUCGGAACGUAGGAAGUGAAACAAGUGAUCUGCUGCUGCAGUAGUUAACGAUCGGAUUAAGUUGAUCUGAAUCGUACAAAGUGUUUUGACUGCGAGUGAUUAGAAGCAAGGACAAACCGAUUUAUAAAUGGAAUAACACAAAAGGAUUAAAUGUGUUUCAAGUGAAAGUGGAUUGAAAGACAAUCUGUUGUGAUUCGCCAGGAGCGAAAUUGGAAAUUUUUCAAACUGAAGAAAAGGUGAACUAUGCCAACAUCCAUCAUGCAGAAGAACUAUAGCAAUUGCCCGCUGAAAAAGCGACCAGUCUUCAUUCGCGAGGAGGAAGACAAACAUGACUCCGAAUCUGACAUGGAACCAGAAAACCUCAGCACAAAGCCAGAGGAUCUUUCCAUGAAAAAGAAAAAGGCUCGUUCAGAGUCUCCAGUGCCUGUUGUGAUCAAAGCUGAAGACACUUUGCCAACGCCACCACCAUCCUCCUCUCCCGAUCCAACUGAAAUCAAAUCACCGAUUUCAGUUCCAACCCCGAUCUACGGAUCACACCCAUCUAUCUACUACCCACCUUCAAGAUCUCCAAACUCCCCCGCCGAGCCACUGCACAACUUUUACAAAUCCGCACCCAAUGUAUAUCCUGGAUAUCCUCAUUUCCCAUACCCAAUGCCAUAUCCUUCCGACUUGUACAACUUGGCGUACCAUCACCACAUCUCGCCACCACGAUCGGAGCCACUGUCUCCGUACGGCCAGCGUGAAAGUUCGGUAUCGCCUCCACAUCCUUCGCUGUAUACCCGCCAGGAUUCGAUCUCACCGCCCACCAUGGUUCCGGCCUACCCAGCCUCUGAGCUGCGAAUAAACCAGAACAACAACAUCAUCAAGUCGGAGUCCUUCGCCCGUCAACACCGUUACAUGCCCUACAGUCUCAGCCAUCAUCAUCAGCUCAUGAUGCCUGUAGAACAUCCCACGCUAUCGCCAACCUCCAGCCACACCUCGUUCAAUUCGUACCUCUCGUCAAAUCGAUCGCUUUCACCGGCACGCUCCAGUCCAUCGACUGUUUCCGAGGAGAACAACAAUAACACCUCAUCCGCAUCGAUCCUUACCGAAAAGUCCACCUCCAACUCCAACAUCCAGAAAGUGAAAAGUGAGAAGUCCAGUGACAAAUCCAGUGGUGGUUUCAGUGGUGCUCCACGAUACCAGUGCCCAGACUGUGGCAAAUCCUACUCGACCUACUCCGGUCUGUCGAAGCACCAGCAGUUCCACUGCCCAGCCGCCGAAGGUAACCAGGCACAGAAGAUCUUCGUUUGCAAGGAGUGCGACAAACCGUACAAAACCCUAGGAGCCCUGAAGAUGCACAUCCGUACCCAUACGCUUCCCUGCAAGUGCAACCUCUGUGAUAAGGCUUUCUCGCGACCGUGGCUGCUGCAAGGCCACAUCCGAACCCACACCGGCGAGAAACCGUUCAUCUGCAAGCUCUGCUCUCGAGCCUUUGCCGAUCGGUCCAACCUGCGAGCCCACCAGCAGACCCACGAAGAUGUCAAGCGCUUCAAGUGCCCAUCAUGUACGAAAUCUUUCUCGCGGUUACCUCUGCUCACCAAACACACCGAAAGCGGAUGCCCUGGAAUCCAGUUGGGCUCCCAAGGCGUUCCCGGAUCUCCCUCGUCGCAUUCAAACCCGGACGAUAAGUACAUUCCAACGGUGUUACCGCACAGUAACAUCGCCUGCUACUAACGGAAGUGUCCGGAACCUACCGAAAGUUCAACGAAAGUGCCUUUUUGGUCAUCGCAAAAACCCCCCUACAAAACCGAUUUCACCGAAAAAGACUGAAACCUAUUGCCACCGCGAUUGAUUAGAUUUUUAUUGCCCCUAUAUCGAAGUGUGCUACAGAGAGUGAGCGAAGAAAGUGAAGAGUGACCGAGAGAGACACAGUUCAAAGUUUGUGUGUAAAUAGGUUAUUUAUUCGUGAAAUCUAUUGCCCAGAAUCGAACUUUUCGAGUUUUUCGCAAAAUUACCAAAAAGUAGUGUGUUUUCCCGGUUAGAAAUUCAAACGUCGCCAGAAAUUGUUUUUAGUUUUCGUAAGUUAUUUAUUUAUACCAUCAAUCGAACAAAUCUUGAGUUACUGCUGGUCGCUUUCUCCGAUGGUCUGCGGAUCCCCCGGGGGAAGCUCAAUCACUUUCAUGAAAGUUUCUAAACUAGUCAGCUAGGAUAAUUCUUUGUGUAUACUACCUAAUUUCUUCUUCUUUCAAAACAACACAUUUAAACCUAUAAGCUAGAAACAUUUUAAGUUGUCUCAAAUCAGACCUAUUUCAAAAAGGAUCUCAGUUGUAUGAAAUUCCUAUUGCGAGAGUGUGCGAAUCCAGAGAAAGAGAGUGAAACAAUGUGCCUUUUCAGGAAACAAGAAAAAAGACAAAUCAGAUCGACCUUUUCCACAGCGAAAGUAACUGAUGCAUUUCAAAACGCCAUUCACAUUUACUCACGAAUGAAACGUAAUCAUGACAAAUUAGCCUUUAAGUCCGCCGUAUCCGGAAAUCGAACGCUCUCUAAACUGACAGAUCAUUGUACAGUUCCAAUCUCCUAGCAGAUAUACCCCCACUAAGAAGAAUCUUAAUAUAUUUUGUUUUUAUUGCUUAGUGUUUAAGGAUUUUUACAAACAAUAAGAAAACAACAAAACAUCAAAUCAAGACAAAAUAAAAUCGACACAAA